GAAAAGGGGAGGGGAGGCGGGAAAAAAAAAGAAAGGAAAGGAAAGGAAAAGCUCCAAUGGAAAAGCGAGCCCCCGGCGCUGGUGCGCGUGCGCGGCCGCAGGGCCCCGUCCGCUGAAAAGGAGAGCGGGAGCGCGCGCGAGCGAGCGGCGCGCGGCUCUGUCAAACACCCAGGGCGACGUGUGCGAGCGAGGGAGCGCGGCCGCCGGCCCGCCCCCCACAGACCCGCUGGAACCUUCGGAGGAGCGGGAGACCACGGGCGUCGUCGUCUGAGGGAAGCGGGGGUGCUGGUGAGGGAUUCGCCCCCGGACGCCUCGGCUCCGGUCCGGUCCGCGCCAGGCCGGCCAAGGAGACAACUUCUGUAGGAAAGCCAAAAGGGUGGUGGAAACUUUAAGGGUAGUCAUAUGACUUGGACAUUUACCCUUUAAUAGCUAUGUUGAGUUUAGUGUUUUCAGUAAAAAUUCAAACAGUAUGAUGUCUAAGAGUUGAGAAGAAGUUCAUACAAGGAUUGUAGAAUGUUUCUGGAUGAUAGAAAAAAUCCAUUCCUAUCUUGCAACAAUUGGAUAACAGAGAACUUCCCAAUAAUGUGACCAUCAUGUGAAGUAGGGAGCUGUGUGGGAUCUCCCUGUUCCAAAAUAAUACUUACAGUCUUUCCUACAGGAAUCUACAAUCAUAGUUUUUUGAUAUUAUUCAAAGAAGAGGCCUAACAAAAUGCCUCCACGACCAUCAUCCGGUGAAUUAUGGGGCAUGCACUUAAUGCCACCAAAAAUCCUAGUAGAAUGUCUUCUACCUAACGGUAUGAUAGUGACUUUAGAAUGCCUCCGUGAGGCCACCUUGUUAAAUAUUAAACAUGAACUCUUUAAAGAAGCUAGAAAAUACCCUCUCUAUCAGCUCCUUCAAGACGAGUCAUCUUACAUUUUUGUAAGUGUUACCCAAGAAGCAGAAAGAGAAGAAUUCUUUGAUGAAACCCGGCGAUUGUGUGAUCUGCGGCUCUUCCAGCCUUUUUUAAAAGUGAUAGAACCAGUGGGCAACAGAGAAGAGAAAAUUCUGAAUCGAGAAAUUGGUUUUGCCAUCGGCAUGCCCGUUUGUGAAUUUGACUUGGUGAAGGAUCCAGAAGUUCAGGAUUUCAGACGAAACAUACUUAAUGUUUGUAAAGAAGCAGUCGAACUACGAGAUGCUAAUGCCCCCCAUAGCAGAGCCUUGUACGUCUGUCCCCCAAACAUAGAAUCAUCUGAUCUACCAAAGCAUAUAUACAAUAAACUUGAUAAAGGUCAAAUAAUAGUAGUGAUUUGGGUUAUAGUCUCCCCCAACAAUGACAAACAGAAGUACACCUUAAAAAUCAAUCACGAUAAUGUGCCAGAACAAGUAAUUGCUGAAGCAAUCAGGAAAAAAACACGUAGUAUGUUGCUAUCGCCAGAACAGCUGAAACUCUGUGUGUUGGAGUACCAGGGGAAGUAUAUUUUAAAAGUCUGUGGUUGUGAUGAGUAUUUGUUAGAAAAGCACCCACUGAGUCAGUAUAAGUAUAUUCGGAGCUGUAUCAUGCUUGGCCGAAUGCCCAAUUUGAUGCUGAUGACUAAAGAGAGUCUCUAUGCCCAGCUGCCAUUGGAUACGUUUGCAAUGCCAUCUUAUUCUAGGCGUAUUUCUACAGCUACUCCUUACAUGAAUGGGGAAGCUUCUGCCAAAUCUCUCUGGGCUAUUAACAGUCAUCUGAGAAUUAAGAUUCUCUGUGCUACUUAUGUAAAUGUAAAUAUUCGGGACAUUGACAAGAUUUAUGUCAGAACUGGUAUCUAUCAUGGAGGAGAGCCUUUAUGUGAUAAUGUAAAUACUCAAAGAGUACCUUGCUCCAAUCCCAGAUGGAAUGAAUGGCUGCAGUAUGAUAUGCUUGUUCUUGAUCUUCCACGUGCUGCUCGGCUUUGCCUUUCUAUCUGCUCUGUUAAAGGCAGAAAGGGUGCAAAGGAGGAGCACUGCCCAUUGGCGUGGGGAAAUAUUAAUAUGUUUGAUUACACAGACACUCUUGUUUCUGGCAAAAUGGCUCUGAAUCUGUGGCCUGUCCCCCAUGGGUUAGAAGACCUUCUUAAUCCCAUUGGAGUCACCGGAUCCAACCCAAAUAAGGAAACUCCUUGUUUGGAACUGGAAUUUGAUUGGUUUAGCAGUCCUGUCAAGUUUCCUGACAUGUCAGUAAUAGAAGAACAUGCCAUCUGGAUUAUUUCUCGAGAACAGGGAUUUAAUUACAACCAUGCAGGGCUGAGUAACAGAAUAGCUAGAGAUAAUGAGUUAAGAGACAACGACAAAGAGCAGCUCCGGGCAAUCUGUACUAGAGACCCCUUAUCUGAAAUAACUGAACAAGAAAAAGACUUCCUUUGGAGCCACAGGCACUAUUGUGUAUCUAUGCCAGAAAUCCUACCUAAGCUGCUUUUGUCUGUUAAAUGGAAUUCCAGGGAUGAAGUAGUCCAGAUGUACUGCUUGAUAAAAGACUGGCCGCAAAUCAGGCCAGAGCAAGCAAUGGAGCUUUUGGACUGCAAUUAUCCAGAUCCAAUGGUGCGAGCCUUUGCAAUUCGGUGUUUGGAAAAAUACUUGACAGAUGACAAACUCUCUCAGUAUUUGAUUCAGCUGGUUCAGGUUCUGAAGUAUGAACAAUACUUGGAUAACCUCUUGGUAAGAUUUUUACUCAAGAAGGCACUGACUAAUCAGAGAAUAGGGCACUUCUUCUUUUGGCAUUUAAAGUCUGAAAUGCACAAUAAAAAUGUGAGCCAGAGAUUUGGUCUGCUUUUGGAUUCCUACUGCCGAGCUUGUGGAAUGUACCUAAAACAUCUGAGUCGGCAAGUGGAAGCGAUGGAAAAAUUGAUUAAUCUCACAGAUAUCCUGAAGCAGGAGAAAAAGGAUGAAACACAAAAGGUACAGAUGAAAUUCCUUGUGGAGCAAAUGAGGCGGCCGGACUUCAUGGAUGCUCUUCAAGGCUUCAUAUCUCCUCUUAAUCCUGCUCAUCAGCUUGGAACCCUGAGGCUUGAGGAAUGCAGGAUUAUGUCGUCUGCCAAAAGGCCGUUAUGGCUUAAUUGGGAAAACCCAGAUAUUAUGUCUGAGCUGCUAUUUCAGAACAAUGAGAUCAUCUUUAAAAAUGGAGAUGACCUACGCCAGGAUAUGCUCACGCUUCAAAUAAUUCGAAUUAUGGAGAACAUCUGGCAAAAUCAAGGCCUUGAUCUUAGGAUGCUACCUUAUGGAUGCUUAUCCAUUGGUGACUGUGUGGGGCUUAUUGAAGUUGUGAGAAAUUCACAUACAAUCAUGCAGAUCCAGUGCAAGGGUGGCCUUAAAGGUGCGCUGCAAUUCAACAGCCACACAUUACACCAGUGGCUCAAAGACAAGAACAAAGGAGAAAUGUAUGAUCCAGCUAUCGAUUUGUUUACUCGCUCAUGUGCUGGCUAUUGUGUAGCUACUUUUAUAUUGGGAAUUGGUGAUCGUCAUAAUAGCAACAUUAUGGUAAAAGAUGAUGGGCAGCUGUUUCACAUUGAUUUUGGACACUUUUUGGAUCACAAAAAGAAGAAGUUUGGUUACAAACGGGAGCGCGUGCCAUUUGUCUUAACCCAAGAUUUCUUGAUAGUGAUUAGUAAAGGAGCACAAGAAUGUACCAAAACAAGAGAAUUUGAAAGGUUCCAAGAAAUGUGUUACAAGGCCUACCUAGCAAUUCGACAACAUGCCAACCUCUUCAUAAACCUCUUUUCCAUGAUGCUUGGUUCAGGGAUGCCAGAAUUACAGUCUUUUGAUGACAUUGCAUAUAUACGCAAGACUCUUGCCUUAGACAAAACUGAACAAGAAGCACUUGAGUAUUUCAUGAAACAGAUGAAUGAUGCUCAUCAUGGUGGUUGGACAACAAAAAUGGACUGGAUCUUCCACACAAUCAAGCAGCAUGCCUUGAACUAAAGUAAAGAUAACGAAAAACUGAUAAGCCUAGUUUUUUGGCUGUUCCACUGCACUGUUGUCUCAACAGCUUAAAAAAAAAACCUUGUUGCAUCACAGUUGCACAAACCAAGGCCAGCGUUUGAACUUCCAACAAGGUUAAAAAUGCAAAGUUAUUUAAAUAAAACAUUUGUAGUAUUUUGAACACUAUAAAUCAUGCAUUUCAACAUGUAACUUUCCUAUAUGUGUAGUUGUGUUAAUGCCUUAAGUGUAAGAAGGUAACUUGGAGAUUUGUUCAUCUUGGUUUAUUUAAUUGGGAAUUUAUGCCAGCAAAACAGCCCAAUCUUUCAUAUGUCCAGUCUUUCACGUAGUGAAAAAAGGGAUUCAGAUAAGUUACAGAAUAAUGAAAAGAAGGAAAGUUUAGCAAUUUUGUUCAUUGUUUCUAAAAGAGCUUUCUUCUCCCAUGAACUGUACUGAGUAAAAAAAAAAAAAAAAAUAGAGGGGAUGGUGCCUUUAUAAUGUCAGAUAAAUUUGUGGAUUUAAGAGUAGUGGUUUUUCUUAGGUUUUGGAGUUUGGAUUUUAUUUUUUUUCUAACCUAAACCUCAGAACAUUUUUCAUGCAUGCUUUCCAGAGCCUAAAAAAAGAGGUGAGUUAUUAGAAUUAAAGAUUAUUUUUAUAAACGUUAUUUAUAUAACAGAAACUUAUUAAUAUAUAUUUCUUUAUGUUGAUUUUCUGUCAUUUUAAUUUUACAGACCACUUCUUUGUCUAACAGAUUUAUAUAAACCACUAGACUGAUGCAGUGACUUGUAGGAUCAGAUUUAAAGAAUCCUGUGCUGUUCCAGGCAUGGCUUGUCUGUAUGUACCAAGUCCUGACUUUAGAACCAGCUCAAAUGCAGAAACAUAGAGAAUGCAGGGCAUACUUUUACUACAUCCAGGGAUUUAUUCAGCACUUGCUGAGUAGAUGUUGAGAACUCUCUGUGACAAAUUGAAUAGGAUAUGUAUGCCUACAGUUCAUAUGUUCAGAAGGCUACUUAAGUUCGGCAGCUGCACAGAGUUUGUACUUGCAUUAGGACUCCAGGAUGAGGUCAGGGCCUGCAAGUCCUUGUCUGUGCCGUCACAAUGGGGAAGGGGGAAAUCUUUUGAAACUGGUAACACUUGCUUCCAAAUAAAUAUGACUUGUGAUCAGAACGCUCAAUUUCCAUUGUCUACAACUGCCUUUUCUACCUUUCCAUCUGCCAAGCUAUCAUCCCUACCCGGUAGAACUACCGGUAAUUGCUUUGUGAUGGGAGUUAUACCCAGACAUAUCUGGAGAGUGCCGAAAUAGUCAGUAAUAAACAUGUUUAAAUGCUGAAGUUGAAUCAGAACUCGAGCAUAUUUGCUGAAGUUCAGAUGGUAAAGUUAAGCUAAGUGUAAUUUAGGAAUCUAAAGAGUUUUGACUUAUUUUAAGCUUAUCCAAAAGGGAACAUCAUAUAUUUAUAACACUCUUAUAAAAGUUGAAUAAUUCUUAAUACCUGUGGUUAACAUAGUCAGAAAAUAACCUUGAAUAGACUGAGAAACGAUUGGAUGAAAAGGGGAGAAUUUGUGUCUUCAGCUUCCUGACCAAAGUAGUACCACAAAGUUUGUUUCCAUUGGUAACUAUUUGAAUGUUCUAUAAGAAAAUCUAUUUAUGGAAGUAGAAACUGAUUCUUCUUUAUGCUAGUUUUGGUGCAUUAGAAUCACAUAACAUCUUUCAGGUCUUCCUAAAAAUCUCAGGCAAUGCUCUUUAAAAAAUAUUUGGUGUAUCUUGAUUAUUUUUAACUUGCCUUCCACCUCUCCCUUGGCUUUCCUUCCUAGACUGCUGGAAAGGAAUUGCUUAAUUAGAAUAGCCAACAAACCAGAAAUAAUAAUAUAAAUCUGAUCACUAAACAGUCUUCAAAAUACUACAUAAUUCGUAGCAUGCAGAACUAACUAAUCAAUAUUUUAUAGAUAGGUUUGUGCCUGUGUAUACUGUAUGUCUUUAUUGCAAUAUAAAACUGACAAAAAAUUGGCAUCAACCAGCAUAGUGGCUGGUACAAAUUGUUCCAUAAAUAUUUUUUUAUAAUAUUGUGUAUCCUGAGCCCAAGAACCUAAGGUGCCAUUUCUUUUAUACUAAUGUUGUCUCACCGAGUUCAUAGGAUUUGAAAAUGUUCCUGAAAUCUGGAUAUUUGAUCGCAUUUGCCUUCCCCUCCCCCCCAAUAGGUAUUCAGAGUGCAAUAUAAUUUGAAUAUAGUGUGCUGACAGUAGCUAGUAGAAUAUAACAAAUAAAUUUGUAUAGAACAUAAACGGUUAAGAGGCUAUAUUUCUUGAACAAUGUAAACAUUUGUUAUCUAUUAGUAAUUGCAUCUUGAAUUUAUUUUUAUAAAUACAGAUAAUGAGUAUGACAA